AUGUCGUCGUACUUUCGCGUCACGCUCCACCGGAGCGCCAUUGGGUUACCGGAGCGCACGCGGGGCGUGCUCGCGGCGCUGGGCCUGAGGCGGCGCGCGCAGACCGUCUUCCACCCGGCGGAGCCGCAGUUUGCGGGUAUGAUCUUCAAGGUCAAGGAGCUGGUGCGCGUGGCCGAGGUCGACCGGGCGCUGACGAAGCGCGAGGUGUCGGCGGAGCGCACGCCGGAUGCCGGCUUCUAUGUGGAGAGCAGGGUGACGGACCGGCUGCGACUGCAGCAGAAGCAAUAA